GCAAUUUACAAUAUUCAAUAUUCUAAAUUUCGGCAGUUUCAAUAAGUGAUUUAAAUGUUACAAAUACACCACGCAAUAAUAAGAGCUCUUCACAACAAUCUUACACUCUGCUAAUAAAUUACUUUUAUUAAGUACUUAUUAAUACUGUUAUAAUAAUUAAUAAUGUCGUAUAAUAAAUAUAAAUUCUAAUUUGCCAUUCUGCAGGCCAAUAGUGUAUAACAGGUCGUCACCUCACAGGCGCUCGGUUAAAUGAAAAAGGGUUGCUGUUUCACAGGCAUCGCUAUCUGUUAAUUGUGUUGCGGUAAUACAGGCGCUCUAUUUCUCACCCUAAUUUAUUAGGCGCCCAUUUAAUAGUUCCUGAAAUGUCUACUACGAGUCUCUACUAUCUACAAUCAAAAUGCAAAAGCGGUAGCACGACUCAAUAGUUUGGUAAUCGCAGGUUUUUACUUUUCAUAUAAAACUAAAUAGCAUAUUUUUUUAUAUCAAAGUAGUACGACUCAAAGACAGGUCAAACAAAAGUUUUACAAUUCUUUAAACUUAAGAUAACGAAUCAGAUGCAUUUUUUUAUCUGUAAAUUAUGUCCAAGUGUACUGAACAUUCAGAUUUAUUAUUAUUAGACAUGUAUCUCUUCUCUAAGGAUUUGUCGCUUAAUUUUAAAGCACCAUCGAUUACACACGUAUAGAUUGACGACCAUCGAUCUCGCAGUCGGCCAUCGAUUCGCAUUAUCGAUUUUCCUUCAACCCCUUGUUGAGAGAAUAAAAAUGGCUACUAUGGCGCGUACGAUUUCGGUGUAGCGGUAAAGCGAGUGUUGACAAAUAAGCGAUAAAACCGCAUUUCUGACAAGAGUGACCAUCCGCGCUGUUUGGCGCGUCGACGGUGCACGAAAUAAAUUGGUCAACGACGGCGUCGACGACGGAGUCGGCCAGGGAAGGUGCGGCUGUCGGGAAACAGCCACCGCGGGUUCGCGGCGACGGCGACGGUGACGGCGAGCGCAGCAGCGUAGAGGUUAUGGACAACUUCGUGAAGAUCGAGAAGAUAGGCGAGGGGACGUACGGGGUGGUCUACAAAGCCAAGGAUAAGCUUACUGGCAAGCUAGUAGCACUCAAGAAAAUCCGUUUAGAGACGGAAAGGGAAGGCGUACCAUCCACUGCCAUUCGGGAGAUAUCGUUACUGAAAGACCUCGCUCAUCCAAACAUCAUACAGUUGUUUGAUGUCGUCGAUGGCGACAAGCAUCUGUAUCUCGUCUUUGAAUUUCUGCAGCAGGAUCUUAGAAAGUUGCUGGACUCGGUUAAGGGAGGUUUAGAACCAGCGCUCGUCAAGAGUUAUCUCUUUCAGUUGCUAAAGGCAAUCUCUUUUUGUCACCUGCGUUGUAUACUGCACAGAGAUUUGAAACCGCAGAAUCUACUGAUAGACCGGGAUGGCCACAUUAAGCUGGCCGAUUUCGGACUGGCCAGAAUGAUCGGCGUACCCGUGCGCACGUAUACGCACGAGGUUGUUACGCUCUGGUAUCGCGCACCGGAGGUCCUCUUAGGAACGAAAUUGUACACGUGCGCGCUAGACAUAUGGAGCCUCGGCUGCAUAUUCGCGGAAAUGGCGACCAGAAGAGCCCUGUUUCCCGGAGACUCUGAAAUAGAUCAGCUGUUCAGGAUAUUUCGUAUGCUUGGCACACCGGACGAGACAAUUUGGCCUGGAGUAUCACAACUGCCGGACUACACGUCCAGAUUUCCCAGAUGGGAAGCGACCAAUUUAGGGGAUGUUUUACCCACUCUUGAUGACGAUGCCAAAAAUUUAAUUUUAAAACUGCUAACGUACGAUCCUAACCAGAGAAUAACAGCACGGAAAGGAUUGAGCCACCCUUACUUUGCGGGGGUUAAAUUAGUUCCGCCACCACUGCCAAAGAAGAACUGACGUAGAUUUAUCGCUUUACGCGUCGAUUAACGCGUAAUGUAUUUUUAUAGAUUUUCAUAUAAAACUUAAUAAAGCGCGCAAAAUAAUUUUGGA